GAGUAUCAUCAUCAUCAAGCGCGCUAUCAUCAUCACCACUUAAGAUGUCCGUUGUAUCACGUGUCAGUUUGACUGGGAAGCGCGGGAUGUGUGUCUGGUCACUUUGGUGAACUUUUCAGUCGCUUCUUCAUUUCCGUUCACCUUGUCCAUCUCUCAUCGUCGUUUCACCCCAAGGCAUCUCUUCCGCGCGGACCAUGCCGGAGGUCGCUUUAAGACACAGCGGGAUGUCCCCGCUACCAAGCAGUCGCUGGGCAGGCACUGUCCUGCGGCAGUUUGACGACGACACUGCAAUGCUUCUCGCCAAAGACUGCCACACUUGGUCUUGCUUCACCAUGACUACGCCGUCGGAACUGACAAGGGAGCACUUUGAAGUAAAGUCGCGUGACCUGGCAUCGGAACUGCAACGCAGACUGAACCUGUCACAGCCUCCCGUGAUCAGGGUGCACCACGGCGCCACCAUAGGCUCGACACAUCGCCCUUCCCUCUUCUUUUCUGUCUCGUAUGUGGUUGUCGUGCAGGAAACCAAGUUGCACGGCAUCUUGUCCUGCUUCGGCAGCGAGGAGCACAACCUCCUCCUCUGCCGUGGGAGCAGGCUCGUCAUGAGCCUGGUCACCGUGUUUCUAGCAGAUGCGUUCCGCUGCUACGUCAACCCGCUUCUCUUCGGACCAAACGACCUGGCGUUCGGACUUGCCUUCUGGUCCGCGCUCGCAUUCCGCGUCUCCGGUUUCGACGGGGACUACAUCACGAUUCAGCUCAAGCAUCCGGAGGUGCCGGACUUUGCGGUCGAUGUCGACCUCCCGGUGGCUCUCGUUGGGCAGGAGUUGGACGACACCAAAGAAAUCGUCGUCGACGACGACGGACCCAGGGUGUUGGCACUCUUUUACAAAACGAAGCUCGUGCAGUGUUCGGGCCUGAUCCUCGAGUCUUUCGGCCUGCAGGGCGUGACCACUCCUGGCCUGGCCUUCAACGCGGAAGGCAGCGUGCGUUUCUUGAAAUCGGAGUUUGCGUGCGAAGCAUUGGCGUUCCUCACAAAUAUUGCGGCCUGGAAGGGGCAGCCCGAGAUCGAGGAGCGGUCCGUCGAAGGCGGCGAUUGAUUGAUCGCUGCGUUGUGGCACCAGGAUGCUUAUUCAGGAUGCUUAGAAUUAUGGGCAUAUACAUGUGUACUUAUUUUAGUUUCCUUUUGAGCUAUACUUUGUGCUUUUGAACUGAUGCUGUGUUCCAUGUGACACAUUAUAGCCCGAGUAUCUACGGCAGAGCUGUGUAGCGUGAACUUGGCAAAGGGACGAACAUACAAGAAAAAAAAAAAGAAUGUGAAAAUUUCCGUGUCACAAGAGCCUAGUAUUGGCUUAGCUACUUAGGAGUGUAGGUACAUCCACUCAAUGCCCGAACAAAUUCCUGACAAUCGGUUGGUGCGAACCGUGCGAAUUUUAACAUUCACACUGAUAGUCAUUGAUGUGCACUUUAUCUUUUUUCAUACAUUCACAAACAGGCAAGUUUGUUGCGACUUUUUAUAAUAAUAAUAAUAGUCUUUUAUUUUCCUUUUUUUCGCUACAAAACGAAAAAAAGGCGGAAAAGAGGGCAAAAAGCUGCUACAGCAGCUUGACGAGACAUAGUUCCCAUGCACACCUUGGCGGAUAAACAGCGUAAAAUAAAAAUACAGUAAGCCUCAAGUCAAAUAUACACAAGCACACCACUCCAAUCGUUAUACUUGUUUGUGUAGAAAGUUGACUAAAAGACAUAUGGGCACUCAGAUAGAAACAAUUUUACAGCAAUGUGUGACACUACACGGUAUCAUAGAAAAUGAGAUUGUAGUAGCACGUUUGCUGACGUUCGAUUUGACUUUCCAAAUAUACACGUGUAGUAUGCUACGAUACCUUUUGAAGGCUCUUAGGUCUUCGGAGGCUCUUGUUUUUAAAAAGCUAUGGUCAUGCUGGUUUUCUAAUGCACUUUCUGCAAUACCUCUUUCGUCAUCCAUGGCUUGUGCAAUUUCUUACACAGUUUUACAUUUCUAUAAGGAAAACUCUCUUUGUACAACUCUUUGAAUGUUCGUAAAAAGGAUACAUUGAGUAAAGCAUCUCUAAAAACCCCCAUUGCAACGUCAGUAACGUUACGCACUUCGAAAGUUUUUUUGUGACUGUUCUUUACUACUGCACGAGGUUUAUUAAUCAACAGAAAUAUUGGUAGAUGGUCGGUGAUAUGAAUUCUAAUAAGAUUGGCUAUUGUAGAGGAUACAUCACAGUUAGUAACGAAGAAAUCUAUUAAAGUUGAUGUGCAGUC